AUGUUAUCUACAGAUGAAGAAUAUGCGAAGUUCCCAAAGCUGUUUCACCUUGACGAAUAUCACGAAUGUUUGAAACAAGCAGACGGGCUCUACUGUGUUGGCACCUUCCACGUCAAACCUACGCAAGAACCAGAUCAUAUUUACGAACUCAUGAAGGAAUACUCUCGUGACGACCACAACUUCAACCGGACACUUAUUCACCGCGGUGUCUGCGUGAGUUCCCGCUGCCCUUCACUAUCGCACAUACACAAUGUGUCAAAGCGCUUCGACCGCUGCGUGGCACAGGAUUCUAACCAACGAUCGCUCCAAACGAAACUAACUGAGCUGAUAUAUUGCCGUUCACAUGCAGAAGAUGACGCUUUCAACAAUAAUGCAAUAGAAACGCCUCACAGGGUUUUUGUUUACGCAGUACUGGGUCUUCUAGCGUUGAAUAUGAUCGGUACUAUAUAUGAUAAAGUGAAAGGAGAUGCUGCAAACAAAUCGAAGAUAUUAAUGUCGUGGUCCAUUUUAUCUAAUUGGAAGGAACUUGUCGGUCCCUAUCCUGAUGGAGAUCCACGCUUAGCAGCAGUACUCCCAUUUGCAGGUUAUAGGGUGAUCAAUAUGAUAGUGGUGAUAUUAACGCAUGCUAUUCUUAUUCAAGAUACUAUUUACAUGGCCAACCCGCUGCAUGGGGAAGACGCUUCACGUCGGUUAGAAAAUCUGAUGUUGAAAAAUGCCACCUCAUUUAUGCAAAUAUUGUUCAUGCUCUCCAGUUUCUUCAUGGCACACUCACUCCUUAACUAUAAUGAAAUUACCAUUGGACUAGUACUAAAACAAAUAGGGAAACGUAUGUUCAGGAUAAUGCCUGUUUACAUUCUGGUGAUUGGAUUCGCUGCAACCUGGUGGCCGCUGAUGAGUGACGGUCCUCUCUGGCACUAUCUUGUUGGCAAAGAGUCACAAGUAUGCCGCCACAAGUUCUGGAAUCACGCAUUUUUCAUCAGAAAUUUCUUUACAGCUGAACCUUUCUGUUUAGUACAAACUUGGUUUCUGGCAGCAGACAUGCAGCUAUAUCUCUUGGGAUGUUUGGUCAUUCUGUGUCUACAACGAGUGAGGAGACUGGCUCUUCUACUUCUGGGCAUCGGCUUUGUAUUGUUCAGUACUUUAAACGCCAUCUUAGCUUACAUCUAUCAAUGGAGACCAUUAAUAUUUGCGUCUGGGCCUGAGAACUUGCGGACCAUGUUCCAAAACGAGCCAUCAUUUUAUAAAUUCUAUUUGAAUCCUGUAACCAGUUUGUCUGCCCUGAUGGCUGGGCUCUUCCUCGCAUAUCUAUACUACCAGGUCAAUAAGACAGGAGCCAGGCCUAAUGAUAAUAAGUGGUUGUUCUACACGUGUCGAACAAGUAUUCCUAUAUUAAUAAUAUGGCCAAGCUGUGGAUACUUUCUGCGAAUCUCCACGUCCAGGGAAUUCUAUGCUUUUUACAUGACUUUUGAGAGGCUCGUAACCUUGAUACUAUCGGGCCUGCUAUUAUUUAGCAUGUUUAAUAGAAUUGUCAAGAAAAAGAUAAGUUUUCUAAACCGCAUGUUCUGUUGGCGCAUCUGGUACCCGCUGGGUCGGUCAUCACUUUCUGCCGUGAUGUUACACUGGUGCGUCAACAUGAUGUUUACGGCUUCCACACUACAACCAAUCACCAGAAAUGCUCUGGGCGUGACUGCAGAUACCAUAACAACUACAUUCGUCACGUACCUGCUAGCUUUACCGAUCACUUUGUUAGUUGAAAUACCCUUCACUAUGUCAUAUUCGGCAUUAACCUCACGACAAAAACAAGAAUAG